AUAAGUGGGGCAGCCCGGAAGCUUGUAUAAAUGUAUCACAGACAGCUCAGGCACAUUGUGAUCUGGACAAGAAGCCAGUCCGGGGUACAGAGCAUGGGCCUGGCUCGCAGGAUGAUGUCAGGCGAUAUGACGCAGGAGGGCAGAAGUAUACACUCGAGUAAUAUCUCCACCGUGCACAACAUUCCCAUGAGGGUGCUGAUCCGGCCCAUCCCAUCUGAGCUAGAUGAGAGCAAGGUGCAGAGUCUCAUGGACACCCUGCAGGACGAUGCAGACCGGGUGCCCCCUAUUGAUGUCCUCUGGAUUAAAGGUCGCAAUGGAGGAGACUACUUUUACUCAUUUGGUGGAUGUCACCGUUACGCAGCACAUCAGAGGCUCAACAGUGAAACCAUAGCGGCCAAAAUUAUCCAGUCGUCCAUCAGUGACCUGCGUACAUACCUGGGUUCCAGCACGCCUGACCUGCAGUAGCCCUAGCUAUAGACCCCAGUGUGCAGAGAAAAGGAUCGCUCACUCACAUGGAGUUCUGCGGGAAUGUUCUAAAACACGCACAAUGAACUGCAACAUUUCCUGAGCCCAAUGAACGCACAACUCUCAAAGCCCUCAAUGGAUUUCACUAUGCUAGGCCCCCCAUUUAACAUCAAUAGUUAUAAC